AUGCCGCUGGCUCAGCUGGCGGAUCCCUGGCAGAAGAUGCCGCUGGGGGGGACGACGGGGGAGGAUUCCCACAACGACCUUGAUGACUCCGUAGGCGAAGAUGACGGCGGCCCCAGUUGUCUCGAUGACGUUCCCAUCAAGGAGAUAAGCAUCACUCACCACGUGAAGGAGGGAUGCGAGAAAGCCGACCCUCGCCAAUUCGAGCUGCGCAAAGUCCUGGGACAAGGCUCCUUCGGCAAGGUGUUCCUGGUGCGGAAAGUGACCGGGCCGGACGCUGGGCAACUAUAUGCCAUGAAAGUCCUCAAGAAAGCAACACUGAAAGUGCGCGACCGAGUGCGGACAAAAAUGGAGAGAGACAUCCUGGUGGAGGUCAAUCACCCUUUCAUCGUCAAACUGCACUACGCCUUCCAGACGGAGGGGAAGCUCUACUUGAUCUUGGACUUCCUGAGAGGGGGAGACCUCUUCACACGGCUUUCCAAAGAGGUGAUGUUCACCGAGGAAGACGUCAAGUUCUACCUUGCCGAACUGGCACUGGCUCUCGAUCAUCUUCACGGUCUUGGCAUUAUUUACAGAGACCUCAAGCCUGAAAACAUCCUGCUGGAUGAGGACGGACACAUCAAGCUGACAGACUUCGGCUUGAGCAAAGAGUCCAUCGACCACCAGAACAAGGCGUAUUCAUUCUGCGGGACGGUGGAGUACAUGGCCCCCGAAGUGGUGAACCGGAGAGGGCACACGCACAGUGCCGACUGGUGGUCGUACGGCGUACUGAUGUUUGAGAUGCUGACAGGAACCCUGCCGUUUCAAGGCAAAGACCGCAAAGAGACCAUGACUAUGAUCCUCAAAGCCAAGCUUGGAAUGCCUCAGUUUUUAAGUUCAGAAGCCCAGAGUCUCCUCAGGAACCUUUUCAAGCGCAACCCCAGCAACAGAUUAGGUGCGGGUCCGGAUGGCGUCGAGGAGAUCAAGAGGCAUCAGUUCUUCAGCACCAUCGACUGGAAUAAACUCUUCCGGAGAGAGCUCCCGCCUCCCUUCAAACCAGCGGCGGGACGACCCGACGACACUUUCUACUUCGACCCGGAGUUCACCGCCAAAACGCCUCGCGACUCUCCGGGAGUCCCGCCUAGUGCCAACGCCCAUCAGCUCUUCAGAGGAUUCAGUUUUGUAGCAAUAACAGAAGAGGAAACGCAACCCAUGCCCAACAUGAUUGUUCAGCAACUCCACAGAAGCACAUCUCAGUUUUGCGAUGCCUAUGACGUAAAAGAGGACAUCGGUGUGGGUUCCUACUCCAUCUGCAAGCGCUGCGUUCACAAGGGCACUGGCAUGGACUACGCCGUAAAGAUCAUCAACAAAGCCAAACGCGACCCCACGGAGGAGGUGGAGAUCUUGCUCAGAUACGGCCAGCACCCCAAUAUCAUCACUCUCAAAGACGUGUACGACGACGGCCGCUCUGUUUUCCUGGUAACGGAGUUGAUGAAAGGCGGAGAGCUGCUGGAUAAAAUCCUCCGCCAGAAGUUCUUCUCCGAGCGAGAAGCUAGCGCCGUCCUCUUCACCAUCACCAAGACGCUGGAGUACCUUCAUGUGCAGGGGGUGGUACAUAGAGACCUGAAGCCUAGCAACAUCCUCUACGUAGACGAGAGCGGUAACGCCGAAUCCAUCCGGAUUUGCGACUUUGGUUUCGCUAAACAGCUGAGAGCGGAGAACGGGUUGCUCAUGACGCCGUGCUACACGGCUAACUUUGUUGCUCCAGAGGUUCUAAAAAAGCAGGGUUACGAUGCCGCCUGUGACAUCUGGAGCCUCGGAGUGCUUCUCUACACCAUGCUAACGGGUUUCACUCCAUUUGCAAACGGCCCCGAAGACACGCCAGAGGAGAUUUUGGCCCGAAUCGGUAGCGGAAAAUUCUCACUCUCCGGAGGAUACUGGAACUCUGUGUCUGCAGAAGCUAAGGAUCUGGUCUCAAAAAUGCUCCACGUGGACCCCCAUCAGCGACUGACGGCGGGUCAGGUCCUUCGCCACCCGUGGGUGACGCACCGAGAUCAGCUGCCAAAAUACACGCUCAACAGGCAUGACGCGCCACACCUGGUCAAGGGAGCAAUGGCGGCCACUUACUCGGCCCUCAACAGGAAUGUGCCCCCCGUCCUGGAGCCGGUGGGGUGCUCGACGUUGGCGCAACGGAGGGGCGUGAAGAAGCUAACUUCCACAGCACUGUGA